GCUUAAUGGUGGAUUUAUUGUAAAUGACUGACGUUAUUCUUAAUUUUAUUUGUAUUUUUUGAUUAAUUAUCGUUAUUUGUAUAAAUUAGUUCUGUGGCUACGGCCAUAUCAUGCUUUCUUAUGUCGGGUUUAGCUAAAACGUCAGUUUUAGUCGAGGAGGGUGGAAAUAUCUGUAGAAAACGUUCCCUUCCAUCCAGCGAUCAGUGCAAUAAAAGAUCAAAAACCGACGAUAUGAGUGCCAACGAGAAGAAAUCAAACUUUUCAGUAAUAAAUCCAAGCAAUGGGACAGUCAAAACGACCACGUCCUCUAUGAAUAAACCAGGAGCGGCAACUAAAAAACUCAUUAUUAAAAAUUUCAAAAGUAAACCGAAUUUGCCGGAGAACUACCAAGAGACGACAUGGAGCAAGUUACGAGAAGCUGUUAUUGCUAUACAGACGUCAAAGGCUAUUGCUUAUUCCUUGGAGGAGUUGUACCAGGCGGUGGAAAAUAUGUGCAGCCAUAAAAUGGCAUCUCAGCUAUAUGUAAACUUAACAAAUUUAGUAGAAGCCCAUGUGAAGGCAAAUAUAGAACAAUUCUUGUCAGAGAGCAUGGACCGGCAAGUAUUCCUCAAGAGAAUGGAUGAUUGCUGGCGAGCUCACUGCCGACAGAUGAUUAUGAUUCGCAGUAUCUUCCUGUACUUGGAUCGCACUUAUGUUCUGCAGAAUCCUAGCAUACAUUCAAUAUGGGAUAUGGGUCUAGAUCUGUUUCGUCACCACAUAGCCAUGAAUACACUAGUUCAAACACGUACAGUAGAUGGGUUGCUACUACUAAUAGAGAGGGAGCGAGGAGGGGAUGCAGUGGAUAUUUCAUUACUGAAGAGUCUUCUACGGAUGCUCUCUGAUCUGCAAAUAUAUCAGAAAGCUUUUGAAAACAAAUUCCUGCAGGCGACUGAACGAUUGUACGCUGCGGAGGGUCAGCGCCUGAUGCGUGAACUAGCCGUGCCUCAAUACCUCGCACACGUAGAGAAGCGUCUCCGCGAAGAGAAUGAGCGUUUACUCCAUUAUCUAGAUCCCUCCACCAAAUGGCAAUUAAUUCACACAGUAGAACGUCAAUUACUUAGUGAACAUCUAUCUGGUAUCCUAAGCAAAGGUCUGGAGACUCUGAUGGACGGUCCAAGGUUGGCUGACCUCACCACACUAUACAAUUUGUUCAACCGAGUCAAAGAUGGGCUUACCGAACUCUGUAAUCAUUUCAAUGCUUAUAUUAAGAAAAAAGGUCGCACGAUAGUAAUAGAGCCAGAGCGUGACAAGACCAUGGUGGCGGAACUACUCGACUUCAAGGAGCAGCUGGACCAUAUAGUGAACACAUGCUUUCAGAGAAAUGACAAGUUCCUCUACUCAAUGAGGGAAGCCUUUGAAUUCUUCAUCAACCAACGGCAAAAUAAGCCUGCGGAACUUAUCGCCAAAUUCGUCGACGUAAAACUCCGCGCUGGCAACAAAGAAGCGACCGAAGAAGAAUUAGAACGACUACUAGAUAAAAUAAUGGUUCUUUUCCGAUUCAUCCAUGGCAAGGACGUAUUCGAAGCGUUUUAUAAGAAAGAUUUGGCGAAAAGGCUACUGGUCGGGAAAUCUGCUUCUGUAGAUGCCGAGAAGUCUAUGUUGAGUAAACUAAAACAGGAGUGUGGUGGAGGUUUCACUUGUAAAUUAGAAGGGAUGUUUAAAGAUAUGGAGCUGUCCAAGGACAUUAAUAUAACAUAUAAACAGCACCUGACGGCAAUGAAAGAGGGCGGUGGUCUAGAGCUGUCAGUGUACAUCCUGACGAUGGGGUUCUGGCCGACGUACGCGCCGGUGGAGGUGCGGCUGCCGACCGAGCUGACGCGCCACCAGGAUCACUUCACCAAGUUCUACCUCGCCAAGCACUCCGGACGCAAGCUGCAGUGGCAGGCUACGCUCGGGCACUGCGUGCUGCGAGCUAACUUCACACAGGGUAACAAAGAGCUGCAGGUGUCACUAUUUCAAGCGCUCGUUCUUCUGCUAUUCAAUGACGGAGACAAUCUCUCAUUUGAGGAAAUUAGGACCGCCACUAAUAUAGAGGAGGGCGAAUUGCGGAGGACACUGCAGUCGCUGGCAUGUGGAAAGGCUCGAGUACUGAGCAAGGCGCCGCGGGGUCGGGAGGUCGAUGACACUGAUCACUUCUCAUUCAACGGGGACUUCACCAACAAGCUAUUCCGCAUCAAGAUCAAUCAGAUACAGAUGAAGGAGACGAGCGAGGAGCAAAAGGCGACCGAGGAACGCGUGUACCAGGAUCGGCAGUACCAGAUCGACGCCGCCAUCGUGCGCGUCAUGAAGAUGCGGAAAGCGCUCUCUCACAACUUGCUCAUCUCCGAGUUGUACAACCAGCUCAAGUUCCCCGUCAAACCGGCUGACCUCAAGAAGCGCAUAGAAUCUCUUAUCGACCGCGACUACAUGGAGCGAGAUAAGGACAACCCCAACCAAUACAACUAUGUGGCGUAAUCGCGGCGUCCGCGAGUGCUCACCCCCGCAGGCGUAGCCGCCAGCCUCCGCCCGCAUCCACUCGCAUCCGUCCGCAUCCGCAACGGGUCGAGUGCGUGCGCAAUUUGGCAACUUUUGGAAUGAGACAACGGGCGGUUAGACGUGUAUAAAAGACGGUUAUGUGAAUGAAACUACCUUUAAUAGUUGUGUGGAGCUAAUUGAAUUGGUCGCAAAGAAUUUGAUACUGGUUUCAAGCAGAAUAUAGUAUCAGAUAUCUGGUAAUUAGAUGGUAUGUUAAAUGGACAAAGUGUUGGAAAUUUUGUAAUCAUUUCAUAAGAAAUAAUUUACAUCUGGCCAAUUGGAAGUUAGCGGUAGAUGUCAGAGGCUACGCUUGUCGAGACAUGCCUGUAUGUACACAAUAGUUUUCAUCCCUUUUCAAUGUGUUGUAUAUCUUUUAAUAGUUUAAUCUCUAUAUUUAUUUCAUAUGAAGUUAAAUAAAUAGUUUUGAUAUAAUUUAACCAGUAUUUAAGCCAAUUUAUUAAUAUUACCCUGGAUUGCGUGAUGUUCGUCUAGUCCCCAAAUAAGCUGAACUCAAUCUUACCUUGUCACUAAAAUUGCACAAAGUUAUAUGCCAACACUAUGUUCAAAUAAUUUACUCUUAUAUAAAUCAGCAGAUUGAGUAAUUUCUAUCUAAAAAUUACCAUUUGCUACAUUGAAAAGUGAUGAAAUAAUAAAUUCAGUUUCUGAAAGGUUCCAUGAGGUUUAUUCUGCUAGUAUAAAUUAGAUGGACUAUAACAAAUUACACUAGUAUUAUUCAGAAAUACUAAAUAUAUACCACUGAUAGGAAAAACCAAAUGAUGGUACAUUUUAAACUAGAUCCACAAAUUAAUCUACUUUUUAUUGAAUUGUCUAGAAGCAACGUCACAUGAUCAGAAUUUGAUUCCAACGUUAUAAAUAUAAGUAUUACAGAUAGUUGUUACAGCUUGUAAUUAUAAUGUGUGAUAUUAGAUGAUGGAUUAUCCUCCCAUACAGCGGACUCGCUCAUUUGUAGCUUUUGUGUAGAUUAUUGACUUUUAGUUAUCUAAGAAGUUACUUAGAAAUGCUUCUAAGACCAGUAAUGUGUUGCAGUUUAAAAGGUAAAUUUCACGUUAAAAUUAAUACUUUUUAAAUUUAUGAGCUUAUGUAUGGUGAGAGAUACACAUGUUUUAUAUAGAAGUGUACGAAGAUAUACAAUGUUAAACAGAUUUUGGCUACAUUUAUGUCGAUAAUUA